GCAUCAGAGAGAAAGACGGAAACACCUCGUCGACUUCUCUCCAUGUUUCUGUCUCAACGAACAGCUCGACUAAUCUGAACCAUUUCUUCUAGAUGAUGAUUAACAGAACGAUUUGAAAACAGAGGAAACACACACAACAGGAAGAAAAAAAACACAUUUGUAGAGAUUAUCUGAAGAAGAUACGAAUCAUGGACGUCCACGCCGUGUUCAUCAUCUUCAUCAUGUUGCCAGCUGCUGUAAAGACUGCGGAAGGGGUGAAAUUCUGGAGGGACAACGUCACUCUGACCUGUCCAGAAGUAGGACGAUGGUUUGAAAAUGAUAAACCGAUUCCAAAUGCAGAGACAGACGACACAUAUAAAUUCACAUAUAUGGACAAAGGCAAGUAUCACUGUGAAUACAGUGGCAAGAAGUAUCAGUUCUACGUGGAGGGAAGGGCGUGUAAAAACUGCUUCGAACUGGACGGUACUGUGUUUCUGGUGGUCAUCAUAGCUGACGUGGCGGCAACGGUGGUUGUAAUGAUGAUGGUCUUCAAGUGCACCAAAAGGAAAGACUCAGCUGGACCCACCAAGACUUCCAGAGGACCCGGUAACUCUGGAGGCCGAGCUCCAGCUGUCCCGUCUCCUGACUAUGAGAUGCUGAACCCUAACACUCGCUCGGCCGACACUUACUCUGCAGUGAACAGGAUGGGGUAGAAACAGGUCCGCGAGCCACCUGGUCAUUG